AUGGUUUCUUUAGAAUAUUCAACAGAAAGUAAAGCGAUUGAUGUUGAUGUUGCUAUAGACAUAAUAAAAGUUGUGAACAAUUUCCUAAGUAUUCCCAUGGCGAGACAUUACUUAGCAGAAACAUCUGCUAAACAUUCUUACUACAAGAUAAGUAAGGAUGAAUAUUUUAAAACUCAUGUCUAG